GUUGAUUUAAAUAAUGAAGGAAAAAGCGAGGGGAGAAGCAGAGAACUCAAAAAAACCCUAAUAGAGGGGGAACUGUGCACUAUAUAUAUUAAACCCUUAAACCCAUUUUUCAUCCUGAUCGACCUUCUCUUCAUCGCUCGGCCAGUCUUUACUCGUACUUGUGCCUCUCUCGCUGUUUCUUUCAAAUGGAAAUUCCAAUGGAGUUUUGGGGUGUUGAGGUUAAGGUUGGGCAGUCUGUUAAAGUUGACCCAAUGGAUCCAGUUAGUGGAUACAUACACAUUUCUCAGGUUGCACUUGGGGAGGCAAAGAAAGACAAAGCAAGUGAACCUGUGGUUUUGUACUUGAAAGUUGAUGACCAAAAGUUUGUUUUGGGAACUCUUUCUAGGGAUGACAUUCCUCAUAUAUCUCUGGAUUUGGUUCUAGACUCCGAGUCUGAGCUUUCCCACAAUUCCAAAAAUGCUAGUGUUUAUUUUUGUGGAUACAGAGUUGUAACUGAGGAAGGCAAUAAUUCUGACUUUUCUGAUAGUGAUGAUGAUCUUAUAUUGGAGGACGAAGAUAGUGGAAAACCUGAAACAAAAGCUGGGGAUGCAAAGGUUACUCAAGCUAAGAAACCUGUUGCUGUGGUUGGUGCAUUAGCAAAACAAGUCAAAAUUGUUGAUCCAAAGAAAGAUGAAGAGGAUGACUCCGAUGAUGAUGACGAAGAUGAAUUGGGAGAUUCUGAUGAGAUGGAUGCUGAUAGUGAUAGUGAUGAGGAGAGUGAGAGUGAUGAAGAGACCCCUGCUAAGACCCCUGUUAAGAAGGUGGAUCAGGGCAAAAAGAGACCAAGUGAGUCUGCAUCAAAAACUCCUGUUCCUACCAAGAAAGCUAAAAAUGCUACUCCUGAAAAGACUGAUGGUAAGAAAAAUGUACAUACAGCAACCCCUCACCCUAUGAAGAAGGGUGGAAAGACUCCCAACAGUGCAAAGAACCAGACUCCCAAUUCUGGUGGACAAUUAUCUUGCAAAAGUUGUAACAAGUCUUUCACCUCCGAAACUGGUCUUCAAUCACAUAACAAGGCUAAGCACGGUGAUAAGUGAUUUUGCGAUUGUUACCGUAUUCAUGUAGUAAUUUUCCCUUGUAUUACAUUGAGUAUGGUAAGAAAGUUAGGGUGUUUUGUCCUCGCUCUUAGACAAGUAAACGGUGGAAGGUUCAAGUUUAACGCAUGGUUUGGAAAUUUUGUUUGACGUUGCUGAGCGCCUAUAUUUUAAAAUUGCUGCGUCUGAAUCUUGUUUUUUAAAUCGAUUCUAUGAAUUUGAGUACUUGGAAAUUGUAGUUGGGUGCUUUGCUUUUUCUAUU